AUCAGUUGACUUGAAUAUAGCGCGCAGAUUUUUCUUUUUGUGAGAGACCCACUGUUCACCCUCCUCAACCACACGCAUCACUCUAGACUCCAGCCGUACAAUGCCUGCAUUUUCGAAGCUCUAUCUCUUCGCUUACAAUUCCCUCCAGGCCUUUGGAUGGGCAGUUUCUCUCCUUGCAAUUCUGAUUAACUUCUUUUCCACUCACUCACUCAAUGGAGCCUAUGCUUCUGCUGGAGACCUAAUCUGUUUGUUGCAGACUGUUUCUUUCUUGGAAGUGAUUCAUGGAGCAUUGGGCGUUGUCCCAAGUGGGGUGUUGUUCCCUUUUAUGCAGUGGGGAGGAAGAACCCAUUUCGUGCUGGCCAUUGUUCGUCAAAUCAUUGAGGUCCAGGAAUUACCAUCAGUUUUUAUAACUUUUGUUGCUUGGAGUAUGGCCGAGGUAAUUAGGUACUCACAUUAUGCUUUGAACUGCGUCGGAAGUUGCCCAUCUUGGAUAACAUACCUCAGGUAUACCGCGUUCAUUGUGCUGUAUCCUAUAGGACUUGCUCCUGGUGAAAUGUGGACCAUGUACCAAGCUCUUCCGUUUGUAAAGAAGAAGAAUCUCUAUGCAGAUUUCUUUGCUGCUUUCCCUUUCAGCUAUUAUGAUUUUCUCAGGGUUGUGCUUCUCUGCUAUCCUUUCCUCUGGUUAAAUCUUUACCGGUAUUUGUUAAAGCAACGACGGUCAAAAUUGGGUAGGCAUCAAGAGACAAAGAAGAAGAAGUGAAUGUUAAAGUUCUUUCAUUGAGACGCCUGGUGACCAUUCUUGUUGUUAUCAAUUGUGUUUGGUAUUCAAUUUCUGACAAAUCUGAUCGAUGCAUUUGCUACCUUUAUUGAAUGUUAGAGAUCUGAUUUCUGGAGCUCAAUGUUUUUUAGUCUGCCAGGCUGGUGCACAGUAAUGAAAGUUUGACAUGAUAUUCUGAUUA